AUGAGGUGGAAGAGGCAGGAGGUGAUGAGAGACGUGAACGCAACAGAGAUGAAGUCAGAAAAACACGGUCAGUCGUACACCCUGGCUGGACUGAAGAAGAACACGGAGUACAGCUUCGCGUCGUUGCCACACAACAAGCACGGCCCGGGGGUCUCCACGGAGGACGUCAUUGUCCGGACGCUUUCUGACGUUCCAAGCGCCCCUCCUCAAAAUCUCACCCUGGAGGUCCAGAACUCAAAGAGCAUCGUGGUUCGGUGGCAGCCCCCUCCGCUCAGUGGCCAGAACGGGGAAAUCACCGGCUACAAGAUACGUUACCGGAAAGUCCCCCGGAGGAGCGAGUCGGCUGUGACCACUGCAGGGACCGAGCUUUACAAGCUCAUCGAUGGUCUGGAGCCAGGAACGGAGUACUCCUUCCGGGUGUCAGCCAUGACGGUAAACGGGACCGGACCGGCCACAGAGUGGGUCCCAGCAGAGACGUUUGAGAGCGACCUGGACGAAUCACGCGUGCCGGACCAACCCAGCUCGCUGCACGUCCGCCCGCUGGUCAACAGCAUCGUGGUGAGCUGGACGCCGCCUGAGAACCAGGACAUCGUGGUGCGUGGCUACACCAUCAGCUACGGCAUCGGCAGUCCCCACGCUCAGACCAUCAAAGUGGACUACAAGCAGCGCUACUACACUAUCGAGAACCUCAACUCGGGCUCCCAUUAUGUGAUCACACUGAAGGCCUUCAACAACGUGGGGGAAGGGAUCCCCGUGUACGAGAGCGCAGCCACCAGAGUGCAGUCAGACCCCAUAGACCCCGAUGUUGACUUGUACGAACUGUUCCAUGCCCAAUACACCCCAGCACCAGAUCCCAGCCCCAUGAUGCCGCCGGUGGGCGUGCAGGCCUCCGUGAUGAGCCACGACACCAUCAGGGUGACGUGGGCCGACAACUCGCUGCCCAAGAACCAGAAGAUCACAGACAACCGGCACUACACCGUGCGCUGGAAGACCAACAUCCCCGCCAACACCAAAGUGAAGAUGGCCAACAGCACCAGCCUGACCCAUGUAGUGACCGGUCUGAAGCCCAACACGCUGUAUGAGUUCUCCGUCAUGGUGACCAAGGGCCGACGCUCCAGCACGUGGAGCAUGACAGCUCAAGGAACCACCUUUGAGACCACCCCUAGCUCCGCCCCAAAAGACGUGACGGUGGUGAGCAAGGAGAACAAACCUCGCACCAUAAUAGUCAACUGGCAGCCUCCCUCUGAAGCCAAUGGAAAGAUUACUGGUUACAUCAUCUACUACAGCACAGACGUGAACGCAGUGGUCCACGACUGGGUCAUCGAGCCUGUGGUGGGGAACCGCCUCACCCACCAGAUCCAGGAGCUGACACUGGACACAACGUACUACUUCAAGAUCCAGGCCAGAAACUCCAAAGGAAUGGGGCCCAUGUCCGAAGCCGUUCAUUUCCGAACUCCCACGACUGAGUCCUCUGACAAAAUGGCUAACGACCAAGCUUCAAAUCUCCCGCCAAAGCCAGGACUUCCAAACAGCCAAAAUCCAGACGGCCCUCGAACUUCAGUUGGUGUCGGCAGUGGAGAGAAUAACAUCCUGAUAAUCGUCAUCAUAAUAGCAGUAGGAGUCUUCACCAUCAUUCUGGUGGUGGUGGGAGCCUUACUGUGCACACGGCGCAGCACGUCCCACCAGAAAAAAAAGCGCGCCGCUUCAAAAUCCUCCAAUGGCUCCCAUAAAUACAAGGGAAACUCCAAGGACCUGAAGCCACCCGAUCUUUGGAUUCACCACGAGAGGCUGGAGCUGAAGCCCAUGGACAAGUCGCCGGAACCCAACCCAGUCAUGACCGAGACGCCCAUCCCUCGCACCUCGCAGGACAUCACGCCCGCCGACAGCGGCCUGGAGAGCAACCCCCACCUGCAGCAGAGGCGCAACUCCUACCGAGGCCACGAAUCAGACGACAGCAUGUCCACACUAGCAGGCCGCCGAGGGAUGAGGCCUAAAAUGAUGAUGCCUUUUGACGCGCAGCCACCCCAGCCUGUGAUUAGUGCUCACCCCAUCCAUUCCCUCGAUAACCAUCAUCACUAUUAUAACACGGGCAGCCUGGUAUCACCGACAUGCAGCUACCUCUACCAUCAAGGCAGCGGGCACCCUCGCCCGCACGCCUGCGCCACCCCCAUCUCCCACCUAGAAAGGGUGGACUCCUCAGAAUCUGUGAGGAACACCCCCAGUUCGGAGCCCCUCCCUCCACCCACCGCCUCCUCCCAGGUCUCCUGCCCCUCAGAGAUCAUGGCUGACCCCGAGGGCAGCUACCACGGCUCCACCACCACCGAGGAAGAGCCCAGCUACUCCAGCAACCUGCCCCCGCACCGCCCGGCCCACCCGCACGCCUUAGCCCACCCCCUCAAGAGCUUUGCUGUUCCUGCCAUCCCAGUCUCCGGCCAUCCAUCGUACGACUCCCCCGCCCUGCCCAGCAUGCCCCUGCUGGCUCAGACCGGCCCUCCCAGCCACCCUCACGUUGUAAAAACAGCCUCCAUCGGAACGCUAGGAAGGACACGCACUCCGAUGAUAGUAACGGUGCCCAACGCCCCCGACGUGCCAGAGACGAGCAAAAUGCUGGAGGAUGUAGACAGCGUGCUUGCCUCCCUCCCCCCCUGCCCCUCCCCCGCCCCUCGCAGUAACCCUGUUCCUCUCCCUCAGAGCUACGAGCCCGACGAGCUGACCGAGGAGAUGGCGCACCUCGAGGGCCUGAUGAAAGACCUGAACGCCAUCACAACGGCGCCAUGACCCCCACACGCUGACACAGACGUACACGCACGCACACAUAUAUGCAGAAGAGACACACGACUUUCACAGGCAAACAAAACACAUCCAGAACACAAUCCUUCCGGAGCCAGAGGUCUGUUGGACAGGAAGCGGCCUCUUGCGCCCCGCAGAGACAACUUAAACCUCCAGCCUAAAACGUAGGGACUUCUUCCCGGCUCACUUUGCUCAGUCUCUGACAGGAGAUCGCCUCGGGGGGGGGGGGGGGGGGGGGGGAAGAUAAUCGAGACGCUUCAUGUUUAUAUGAAGAACAAAUCUCAGACGAUUGACUUCUAAGCAUCGAUUGCUUUCAGCCGGACGAUUGUGGAUCCUCUGUUUUCUCCUCCGGCAAAAACUGGCUGCAGACGGUCGACUCGGCGUGAAGCGACGAGGAGGAAGAUCACAGAUAUGCUGGGUUUUUUUUUUUAUGCUGGCGCUCAUGCAGCGCCGACUACAACACAGUGUUUGAUCAGUGUUUUCUUUGUGCGUUUUGUAUAUCUAUUGGGCCGUUUCAGUGAAGUGAGCAUUGGAUGUCAGCUCCUCCCCUUACUGUUUUUUUUUCCUUUUCAUUUUUUUUUACAACCCUACAAUAUUUUAUUUCUAUUUUGCUUUUUACUCUCAUGUCAUAUAUUGUUCCAUGACUUUUUAUUCAUUUCAAUGUUAUUUUAUUUUUUUACACGCAUAUCCUUCUGAGUAUGUACAUACAUGUUGUUUUUAAACUGCCUCAUUCUUUUCAUUUUUUUCCCCCCAUUGUUUCAUUAUUAUUAUUGUUGUUAUUAUUAUUAUUAUUAUUACUUUUGAUUUAAAUUGGGUCCUGAGGCUCAGUUUUCAUAUCAGUGGAGGAAUGAAGUCCGAUGGGUUUCAACAGUACCUUUUUAUUUCCCCGGCAUUGUGUUGUCCACGUCACACUCUGAAAUGCUCUUCAGUCUUUCUGUUUGUUGUGGGAGCGGCGUUUUAAAAGCCUUACCAACGUGUUUGUAAGUCAGACCUCGGAGAAGACUCGGACUCCAGGAGAGCUCGUGGAUCAUUCUGUCAGACUUGGACAGCAGCUCCAAGCUCGUCUGGGUUACCUCGGACCCGACAGCUCUCAUGAAAAGAAGAAAUCAAUCAUUCGAUCAAUCAAUCAGCAGCAGCAAAUAAAAAGUUAUCUUUUAUACAACAGGUUUGGCUGUAGGUGUGCGAUUUACCGAGGAAAAAAAAAAAAAAGAAAAGAAAGCAAACUCUUUGGUUUCGGGCAUCUCUUCUGCUGAAACACCUGGGCAUUUUCCUGCUGCAAAGUCUUUUUGAUGUUUUGUUUUUUUCUGCAUCCUCUUCAUCGAAUGCCACACUGUGGUUCUGUUACAAACAUUAGAAGAUGCAAAAAUGCUGGCCUUUCGAAAGGGACUCCCAGAUUUGUUUUUUUUUUUAUAUAUAUAUAUAUGGUAGGUUUUGUAUGAAGAAAAAUAAACAGAAGCUUGUUCUGAACACAAAACUGCUGUAAGAAAAAGAAAGAAAGAAAGAAAAAUAGGUCCACCUCAGAGACUAGUUUUUCAUUACCCUCUUACCCAAAGAAAUUUUGUCAUUUGCAAUCAUAGUAAUUUCCUCUACUUUUGUGAAUACCAUGUUUUGCAUAAAUGUGCAUCGUCAUGAAUGUCAGUAUAACUGUUAAGAGAUUUUAACUUUGGAGGGCAAACGAGGAGCACGUUUCGAAGGAAACUGGGAGAACGAGGACCGGACUCCAUUUGGGAAACGAUCUGUUGAGUUGUAAACAGUUGAACCUGUAUUGCACUUUUUCACAAUUUUUGGAAAGGACAUUUCUUACAUAUCUUGUGUUUUAAAUAUCAGAAGCUGUUUGUGUAACGUAGUGUCCUAGGUAAGCAGCAGGCAGCUGGUCUUUUUUUUUUUAUGUUCAUGUUUUUGCUUCAGAGAGGAUAUGAAACGAGCGACUGAGUUGUUUCACUUGGCGGCUCGCGAUGAGGAAUUCUGUUGUUCUGCUUGUUCAUGUACAGAGCUUUCUUUGCUUUCUGUAGAAGAAGAAGAAAAAAAAAUCUGUGGCUUUUAAAAAAAAAAAAUGUUGGAAAAAUGUUUGGACAAAAAUAUGUUUUUUUAUUGGUGCUCCUAUACAUUGUGUAUACAAGCUAUUAAGAAUACUAACAAAGUAAAUGUUUCUGCUUGUC